CAUCGAUUGAAUGGCCACCAUCUUUGUUUAUUAGGAGCGACCAUUUUCAGUGUGGAUUCGUCGUAGAUACUAUUCGUUUUCAUUUCAACAAAGCGAAACGAAAUAUUUUACAUAAAAAUCAUACAUAAAACAUCCAUACAAAAUCAAUUUGUUGCAUUUGAACUAAAAAGCGAACAUUAAACAAUGUCUGAAGCCUGGCAAAAUACAGACGGUCAGCAAGUGAACCGUGGCUACAAUGGUGGCAAUCCAACAUUCGGAAGCCGCAAUUUUAACAACAGCAACUUCAACAGAGGACCACGCCGUGACAAUGCCAUGAACGGAGGUGGCUACCAAGGACAACGUCCAAGCUACGCCAAUGGAAAUGGGUAUGGUAGCCAGCAACAACGUAGUUUCGGGCAGAAUGGUGCCGGGCGACAACAAUUCUAUGGUGGUGAGCGCCAACCGAGAAUGAAUUUUAACAACGGUGCUGCACCAAGAGCCUAUAACAACUUCGAUCCAAAUAGUGCAUCGAGUAAAAUGGACAUUGAUUCGAAGAAAGUCGGUAUGGUCAUUGGCCGUGGUGGAGGUAAAAUCCGUGAAAUUCAAGACAAUUUCAACGUGCAUGUCAAGAUUGAUCGUGAUCCAGGAUUGAAUGGAUUGACUGGCGUUACGAUUCGCGGGGAAGAAGGAUCAAUUGAACAGGCCAAACAGUUCAUACAAGAACUCAUAGCCGUCAAGUAGUUGGACAAUUGAAUGAGAAUAAAGGGAGAGAUAAUGAUUUACUCGACAUUUCAUUACUAACACACACUUUUGACGUUUAAUAUUAUAUUCAUUUUUUCGCUAUUUUAUGUCAUACAAAUUAUUGAGAAAAAAACAAAAACAACAAACACAUUAAUCGAUAUUUGCAAGUAAAGGGAAAUAGAAUGUAGCACCGGAGCAUGAAUUUUGAAUAGUAUGAUCGGUAAACAAAAAAAAAAACAAAAAAA